UUCGCGCUGCUUUAGCUGCGAUGUUGUCGCGCGGCCAGAUUACCGGGGGGCGGUUGCUGUGGCUUCUGUCGCGGCGCGCGCCGUCGCCUCGGGCCUUCAGCGCGGCAGAGGAGGCGCAGCUGCAGCCGCUGCCGGCCGAGGUCCGAGCGUCGAGCGAGGCUCUCUGGCGAAAGUUGAAGGCCGGCGGCGCUUCGGUGACGCCGGGCUUCCUUAGCGAGGAAGAGGAGGCGUUGCUGGCUCAGGAGCUGGAGCCACAGCUGCGCCGACACCGCUAUCAAGACGAGCAUUGGGACGGGGCCAUUCAUAAGUAUCGUGAGACAGAAAAAUCAUAUUGGAGCAAAGAGUGUCAUGAGAUCUUGCAAAGAGUCCGGAAUGCUGCUUUUCCCCCAGGAGUACCACAGCUUACUCAAGUCCAUGUCCUGGAUUUGGAUCAAACUGGCUACAUAAAGCCUCAUGUAGACAGCGUCAAGUUCUGUGGCUGCACCAUUGCAGGUCUUUCCCUCCUGUCCUCAAGUGUAAUGCGCCUGGUUAGUGAACAGAAUCCACAGGACUGGCUGGACCUUCUGCUGGAGCGCCGAUCUCUCUACAUCCUUAGAGGGCCUGCUCGUUAUGAAUUCACUCAUGAAAUCCUUAAAGAUGAGGAGUCCCUUUUCGAUGGAAGGAAGGUCCCCAGGGAGCGAAGGAUCUCUGUCAUCUGCCGAAACCUGCCCUUACCACCCGAACCAUCCUAGAACUGCCAACUGAUACUGUGAAGGCAGACUGUUGCUCCCAGGUGAAAUUUAGUUUGUUGUCUGAUUGAAGUGGAGCUCUUUCUAAAGAAGUUGAUCUGACCUGCUGUUCCAUGUGGCCUUGGUUUUCAGUCUAACAAUAAGUGAUGGAAGCUUUCCUCCAUGCAGUAAAAGGAGCCUAAAAAUGUACGCAGUCUUUGGAAGCAUUCUGCCUCUUGCACUUAACACAUAGGAAGAAGGAAGCCCUGCAAAGAGCUGGCAAAUAGACCCAACUAAAAUGAAUCACAACACUGUUGAUCUCAGGGAAUAACAUUUUUUCUGUAAUGCAUGUUGCUGCAAACAUAGGUAGGGGUGAAAUUAAGAGUUGAAAUGUACAGCUUUGUUGGUAGGGGAUAUCAGUCUAUUGUAAUUUUUAAAUUAUCUAACCCUUUCCAGUUACUGAAGUAUUGAACAUUGUUCUCUUCUCUGCUCAGUAUUCAGUAUCACACAUGCUGAGCCUCAAAAUAAUGAACUUGGCAAAGCAGAUGGACAGGUGUUCUCCAGUGGUAUGAAUUCUUUCUAACAGAUUGGGCUGAAAAGGAGAAUUACAUUCUUGAUGCUUGUGGCUUACAGAUGCGAACAGGGACUAAGCUAAAUGCACUGCUAUUUGUUUAUAAAUGUUUUGCCAAUUUCUGGAAUGGUACUUGAAUGUUUGCAUUGUUUCACAGUUGAUGCUACAACUGAAUAUGCUUUCAUUUCUGUGAGUUAAACUCACAGAACUUUAACAUGAUUCUGACAGGGAGGUGACAUAAGCACAAGAUUAGUCUUAACAUUUGUGUAAUCUAAAGAUAAAUAAGUGAUAAGGCUUAGUUAGAAUGUCUCUAAAUGGGAUCUUGUCUAUGGGUGGGUAUUUAAUGAGUGGGAAUAGCUGGAGAAAUUUCCACAACUGAUGUGCAGCAUCAAAAUGCUAUGCAAGAGAAAAGAGCUAAAAUGAAGAAAUGGAAGACAAGUCUUAGCUAUAAAAGGGCGGGGGUGGUGGUUGAGAAAUGUGAAAAUAGCACUUAUCUAAUAUUUGAAUAAUUUGGGACAUAGUAGAAUAUGAAAAAGCUAGGGCUGAACCUGUUGUCUCCUAUUGCUCAGGUCUGGAAUCCAGUUUUACUUGCAACCAGAAACCCCUGAUUCUCUGUGUAUGGCCCUAUCUCUUCUCUGUGUUUUUGUUUUACUGUUCUUCCUCUCCAUUUCCUAAAAAAACCUCUUGAAACUCUAAGUUAUAUAUAUGCAGUAUUCUUGACA